AUGAGCGGCGAAACCGCGGAGGUGCGAGGGGGAUGGGAGCGAGAUAGCGCGGGGUGUCCACCAAUCCUUCCGCUUUCCCCCUGCAUACCAUUUGUUUCCCCACCUGCUUACUCUUUGUUACCCCCCCUUUGUUUCCCCCCUGCUUACCCUUUGUUUCCCCUUCCUCUCCUCUCUUCCCUCCCUGUUCUCUCCCCUCCCUGUUCUCUUCCCUCCCUGUUCUCUUCCUUCCCUGUUCUCUUCCCUCCCUGUUCUCUCCCCUCCCUGUUCUCUUCCCUCCCUGUUCUCUUCCCUCCCUGUUCUCUUCCCUCCCUGUUCUCUCCCCUCCCUGUUCUCUUCCCUCCCUGUUCUCUUCCCUCCCUGUUCUCUUCCUUCCCUGUUCUCUUCCCUCCCUGUUCUCUUCCCUCCCUUUUCUCUUCCCUCCCUGUUCUCUUCCCCCUCUGUUCUCUUCCAUCCCUGUUCUCUUCCCUCCCUGUUCUCUCCCCCCCCUGUUCUCUUCCCUCCCUGUUCUCUUCCCUCCCUGUUCUCUUCCCCCCCUGUUCUCUUCCCUCCCUGUUCUCUCCCCUCCCUGUUCUCUCCCCUCCCUGUUCUCUUCCCCCCCUGUUCUCUUCCCUCCUUGUUCUCUUCCCCCCCGGUUCUCUUCCCUCCCUGUUCUCUUCCCCCCUGUUCUCUUCCCUCCCUGUUCUCAUCCCUCCCUGUUCUCUUCCCUCCCUGUUCUCUUCCCUCCCUGUUCUCUUCCCCCCCUGUUCUCUUCCCUCCCUGUUCUCUCCCCUCCCUGUUCUCUCCCCUCCCUGUUCUCUCCCCUCCCUGUUCUCUUCCCCCCCUGUUCUCUUCCCCCCCUGUUCUCUUCCCUCCCUGUUCUCUUCCCCCCCUGUUCUCUUCCCUCCCUGUUCUCUUCCCUCCCUGUUCUCUUCCCUCCCUGUUCUCUUCCCUCCCUGUUCUCUUCCCUCCCUGUUCUCAUCCCUCCCUGUUCUCUUUCCCCCCUGUUCUCAUCCCUCCCUGUUCUCUUCCCUCCCUUUUCUCUUCCCUUCCUGUUCUCUUCCCUCCCUGUUCUCUUCCCUCCCUGUUCUCAUCCCUCCCUGUUCUCUUCCCUCCCUGUUCUCUUCCCUCCCUGUUCUCUUCCCUCCCUGUUCUCUUCCCUCCCUGUUCUCUUCCUUCCCUGUUCUCUUCCCUCCCUGUUCUCUUCCCUCCCUGUUCUCUUCCCUCCCUGUUGCAGAAGAUAAGCGCGUGGUCAGGUCAUUCACUGUGGAAACCUGUCUUCGAGGAUUAAUCCUGUGUUAUCUUGUUGCACUGUGUUAG